AUGAAUAGGGUAUAAGGUUGGCCUAUGCAAUGAUUGGAACAAUCCCAAACGAGGCGUUUACCCUGUGUGCAGAGAGCUCGUAUCGGUUAGUUUGGCAAAGAAGUCAGGUUGGGGAUAUUGUAUUGAUUGAGGCACAAGAAGAGGAUCAAGAUAAGUUUUGGAGCGAUUUAAGAUGCAAAAUCCAAAAAGAGUAUCAGCAGGAUGCAGCAAACUACUAUGCGGUGGUGUUGCCGUAUGGGAUAUACGUGCAAGAUCCCAAGCAAUUCAACCUACAGUUAAAACAAGUUGCAAAUGAAGCAUUAAUGCAAUUGAUCUUUAUAAUACCGGUAGUUACUGAGAUUAUAAGUUUGCUAAUUGAAACACAGUUAGUGAGUGAGCAGGUGAGUUACGGUGUUUACUUAGAAGAUACCGAAGAGGAAGCAAUCAAACAAUAUGAGGUGCUUCUGCCAUCAAUGAUAAUUAUUCCCGAAGAGCACUUCAAGGUUAAUUCAAAGGGAUACCCGAUUUUGAAAAGCGAGCUAAUCCGUCGAAAGUAUGAAACUCUAUACCGAAGGGACCAAAUCACAAUGUUGUACCAAUGUAAGUUAAUGGAACAGAAGAUUGAGUAUAUACGAUAUGUUCAAAAGCACGUUCGCAAAACCAACUACUUAGUUGACCCAUUACAGCCGCAAUCGAAAGACUUGACCAGUCCGGUGUACGAGAUCUUUGAGAAGGAUAAGAAUAAGUAUCGACAGUAUGCAAGGGCAAUUCAGUCUGCAAUACAAGAGAAUGAAAUCGGGCGAAUUUUGGUGGUGGGACCCGGGUAUAACGGGCCCUUGGUUGAUAUUGUAUACGAGCAAAUAGAAGGGAAGGAUAUUGAAAUAGUUGCAAUUGAGAAGAAUCGCAAAUGCCGACAGAGUUUGACGGAUCGAAAUGGACAGAAAUGGAAUAACCAGGUGCAACUUAUAUUUGAGGAUGUUCGAAAAGUGGCUGACUUGAAAGCAGAUAUGGUAGUUUCUGAAAUGCUCGGAUCAAUUGGAUGUAAUGAGUUAAGCCCUGAAGUAUUACAAAGUUUUCAAAAUCCCAACUUGAUCAUGAUCCCGCAACGGUAUCAGAGUUAUCUUAUGCCGGUAUACUCGCCAUUUCUAGAAAAGCCUCCAUUGUACCAACCUUAUUUGGUCAAUUUCGCCAUGCAUAAUCAGGGCCAAUGGCAAAAGCUAUUUGAGUUCCACCAUCCAAGUGACCCCGAAUUCAAUCAGUCCCGAGAGAUUUUCAACUCCCAACCAAUCAACGGGUUCAAAGGGGUGUUUGUAUCCAACUUGUAUAAGAACGUCAGGAUUGGUAACCACCCCCAAAUGUUAAACGAAGAAUAUUGUGACUCUUGGUGGGAGUUGGUUUUCCCUGUUGCCUUAACAAGAAGACAAGACUGGCGGUUCCAACGAUGCAAUAAUGGCAAAACAGUCUGGUACCAAUGGCAAGGCGAUGAAGAAUACGGGGAGGAUUAUCAAAUGACAAUGUAAACUAGUGUUUUGAUUUAUGCAAUGUAAACUAGUGUUUUUAUGCAAUGUAAACUAGUGUUUUGAUUUAUGUUUAUGUAAACUAGUGUUUUGAUUUAUGUUUAUGUUUUCUAGGUUUUGCAAUUUUUCGUUGUUCAGAUUUGAUUUUAAGUAAAGGGUCAUCAGAAAUAAUUGAUUUUUUAUU